UCACUUGCCAAUUUGACAGUAACAUUGACGUCCCUGCAGUUUUCAUAACAACUAAACAGCUGUGAGUUUUUCGGUGAAUUUGGGCAAAAACCAUGAAAACUGGAAACUAAAGUGAUAAGAGCCCGCUUGCUAAUCAAGUGCCGAAGCCCCUUGACGGUUAACAUGUCCAAACAGUGCCAGGGUUCGUAAACUUGGGAGAACACCCCGCAACUCUCCACAGGAUCGAACCGACACCGCAAUUUUCAGCCAGAGUAGUAAAUGGUGGUUUUCGCAGGAUUUGAGCGGAUAUUGAGACAAUGGACGAUUACAAGUUCCUGUUCAAAGUGGUGCUGGUGGGCAACGCAGGAGUGGGCAAGACCUGCCUGGUGCGGCGCUUCACCCAAGGCUUGUUCCCGCCGGGACAGGGGGCCACUAUAGGGGUGGACUUCAUGAUCAAGACGGUGGAAGUGGGCAACGAGAAAGUGAAGUUGCAAAUAUGGGACACUGCAGGCCAGGAGCGGUUCCGUUCGAUCACCCAGAGCUACUAUCGAUCGGCACAUGCCCUUAUUCUGGUCUACGACAUCUCUUGCCAGCCCACCUUCGACUGUCUGCCUGAUUGGCUGCGGGAGAUUGAGGAGUAUGCCAGCAGCAAAGUGCUGCGGGUUUUAGUAGGGAACAAAAUCGACAGAGACGAUCGCGAAAUUCCUACGCAGGUGGGCGAGGAAUUUGCCGAAAGACACAACAUGUAUUUCCUGGAAACAUCCGCCAAGGAGUCCGACAAUGUGGAGAGACUUUUUAUGCAGAUCGCCGAGGAUUUGAUGAAACAAGCCCGGAUGACCAACGUGCCCCGAUACGACCCCAACAACUACAACGUGGACCCGGCCAGCCAGGACUCGGGCUGCUGCAGCCGAUUGAACUAAACUAGCCCCCUAAGCUUAAGAUGUGUGUAGACGCUUGGUCGCAAUUCGACACAUUCCAACGAGAACUAAUUCUUCGUUAACCUAGUUGUACUUAAUUCCCUCUAUUGUACUUAUUUAUUUUUUUACACGGUGCAGGUGAAGUUCGUUUAAUACAUGUUUAUCUUCCGUAACUGUCCAGGACAGUUUAAGCCAAAGAUUUAUCGAUUAAUAAAUGUGGAAAAUCCAACCAA